GGGAGAUAGCGGACAAACCAUCUGUCAGCACCACAGAAGUGUUUGCAGAGUUUGGGAAGUUUGACCCAGUCGCAGAUGAGAAAAACGAUAGUGAUGUGAGCACUACCACACAACCCAUGGUGUCUACGGAGGCCCAGGAAGUGCAGAACCACAUCUACCAGCACGAGCUCGCGCGCGGUGAUCGCAGCUGCCCCUACUUUGCGGAGGACCAGGCGCUGUUGAUCAGCGGUUGGAAUAUGUCUCGCUAUCCCUGGCACAUUGUGAAAUAUCGCUCUGAUGGCAUAUCGCCAAUCAAAAGGGAAGUCUUGUAUGGAACGGCUUUUGCGCAGAAAGCCAUUUGGGAACAUCAGCAUCCAGCAGACUGCAGCAAGGUUAGGUAUAUGGCAUACUACCAUGCACCUUCUGGCAUUGGCUCGCAACUUCACUUGCUGGGGCAAGCUUUGGCUUUGGCCAUGCACUUGGGGCGCAUCCUGAUCAUUCCAAGCAAGGACUCGCAGCGUCACUACGAGGACCCCACGUUUUGCCCCGGCGAAGACGGUUGGCACUGUUGGUUUCAGCACAUCACGUGGUGCAAACCCACAGGCGACGUGCUGAAGAUCCAUGGCACUCCAGAGCAUGGUGGUUUCAAGUUCAAGGACGUGCCUGAAGUCUUUCACCCUCUGCUGAAGUGUUCUCCGGUGAAACCUCGAGUUUGGUUCUACUGGUGGCGUGCUCAAUCCAUCGCUUACCUCAUUCGCUUCAAUCAGAAAACUCGAAGUGCACUGGAUCAACUUAGAUCUGAGACGUUGUUUCAAUGCAAGGAACAUGUGAACGCCGUGAACGCGAAGGUUUUGGAUCCUGGAACGGUCUCGGCACACGUCCGUCAUGGCUUUAAGUUUUGGGAGGCGAAGAUCUUCGAUUUUAAGGACUACGUCGAGCAGAUGGAUGCGCUCUGCGCGGGAAAUCAGACGCUCCGAGUCCAGUACAAAGAAGUGGCGGAAAGCAACACCAGUUUCAGCUUUCCCCGCGAAGCCUAUGCGAAGAGAGCGGUCUUCUUAUCCACGGAGGAUCCGCUGGUUGUGGUGGAGGCAUUGAAACUCUGUGCUGCAAAGGAUCCUUGGAAGGUGAUCUACACCAAAGCAGACCGGAACAACAAGGAUUCCUGGAUGAGUGCGGGAAAAGGAGGAGCUGCACGAAGAGAAGUGAUGCUAGCAAUGAUGAAUUUGGAAUUGGCACUGGAGGCAGACGCCUGGGUUUGCACCUUGACAUCCAACUGGUGUCGCUUGAUCGAUGAACUGCGGAUGACCAUUGCCUUGAAGGCUUCACAUCCAUACCUCAGCUUGUCCAAAGGGGGCAAGAUCUGUGAGAAGAACUUGCCUCCGAAGCCCGAAUGCUACCUGGACUGGUGACGUCCGAUCUGGCGCUUAGAACAGUUCUUUUUUUCCAAAAUGUAACGAACAUGUUCUCCCGACUUAGAACAAAAAAUGACCACUUUUG